UGGAGUGCAGUUACCAGAAACACCCACUUCUUACUAGCGGAAGUGAACACAAUGGAGUCGUUCGUGGUCACGGUAUAGGCAAGACAUUACUUUUGUUUGUUGUUUUUUUUUCAUUAGCCAUUUGGUAGAGAUUUUAAAGCAUAUUUCAGAGCAAACAAGACUGUGGUCAGCAAGAUGGAAAUACAAAAGGAAAUGAAAAAGAUGACCCUUGGCCAUGAGAUUGGAGCCGGUGCCAUGUGUUUGAAAUGCAAGGACAAGUGUGAGGGCUUUGAGCUGCACUUCUGGAGGAAGAUUUGUCGCAAUUGCAAAUGUAGCCUUGAGGACCAUGAUGUGCAGAUGGCUUCAGCUGAGAGCAAGAAGGUGGGCAAACUGUUCGAGGACACCAAGUAUACUGGGCUCAUAGCCAAACUGAAGACUGAUGGCAUUCCUGCGUACAGAGGCAAUAAGGUCACCUUUCCAGAACCAGCCAAAGGCAUUGGGAAAGUGGUCACCUUCGAGUGGGCACCCCGAGUGGCCAAUCAGCACCUGGUAGAAAGAUACAUGGAGCUGUUACCUCCUGAGAAGCGACCCGUUUCUGGUACUCAAGGUGCUGAGUAUCGCAAGCGGCAGAUGGCCAAACAGCUUCCCGAGCAUGACCAGGACCCCUCGCACUGCCAUGAGCUCUCCCCAGGAGAGGUCAAGAUCAUGCAGCAAUAUGUACGAAAGUGCAAGGAUGAGGCUCUCGGUGUGGGAGACCUCAAACUGCUGGAGGAGUUGGUCGGUGGGGUAACACCGUCAGGAGCGGAGGGACACGCUGCCCAAGGGGGCAAAAGUUGUCCUGAAACUGAUUUGAAAGAUGGAACCAGGUCUUUGCCUGAACCAGAACCACAAGCUUAUAAAGCAACCAUCUCUACAACUGGAUCAGCUGGUGCCCAAGGAAAUUCAGGCAAAGACUACUUGUGCUUCCACUGCCACCAGGAGAUGAGAGAAGGGACCCCAGCGGUGUACGCAGACCGUGCCGGCUAUGAUAAGCUCUGGCAUCCAGCGUGCUUCGUGUGCUGCGUCUGCACUGAGCUGUUGGUGGACAUGAUCUACUUCUGGAAGAAAGACAAGCUCUACUGUGGUCGCCAUUAUGGAGAGAGCGAAAAACCCCGAUGUGGAGGCUGUGACGAGCUGAUCUUCAGUAAUGAGUACACCCAAGCUGAGAGCCAGAACUGGCACUUGAAGCACUUCUGUUGCUAUGAUUGUGACUGUGUCCUGGCUGGGGAAACCUAUGUGAUGGAGAAGGAUAAACCUGUCUGCACGACCUGCUACAUGAAGAACUAUGCAAUGAUCUGCGUGGCUUGUCAGACUCCCAUUGAACCUGAGGCUCAGCGUGUGUCCUACGGAGAGAGCCACUGGCAUGCAGAGCCAAAGUGUUUCCAAUGCUCCGGUUGUUCCAAGUGUCUUAUUGGUCAACGUUUCAUGGCUAUGAAAAACAUGCUUAUUUGCUCUGUGGAGUGCAAGAAAAUCCUUCAGAAGACCAACCCUCCCACAAAUGUUGUCAUCUGAAAUGAGGGCAUGGAUACUGUUUAUUUGACGAGGAGAUGUGUGGCCUUAGUGCUUGUCCUACUGAAUGCUUAAUUAGAAUACUGUACCUGUAUUUGACCAGUAGCUGUUUUUACUAGUGCGGUACCUGAUGGCAUAUCUAUCACACAGUAAUGCAAUAAAAGAAUUGACAGUG